AGGCGCCGAAAGGCCCAGAGCCUCCAUGUUGGCUCCGCAGUAGCCGGAGCCCCUUGACCGCGCGACCUGCUCCUCCGUCCAAGCCGCUCGCUCCGAGGCGCCGCCAGGUUGUAUUUCCUAAGCAGAAAUGAAGAAUAAAAAGCAAUGUAUACAAAAUGCUGAAGAUGAAAAGCAUGAAGACACAGAAGGUGAAGAGAAAGAAGAAAACUGCUCCUGUUCUUCUAGCUUUCUGUCUGAUGAAGAUGACAGGUGUCCAAUCUGUCUAAACUGCCUGGCAGAGCAGGAGGUUGGUUUUCCUGAAAACUGCAGUCACAUCUUCUGCAUGACCUGCAUCCUUAAAUGGGCCGAAACCAGAGCGUCAUGCCCAGUUGACCGCAAACAGUUCCAAGCUGUAUAUAAACUAAAUGCGUUAGAAGACUGCAUAAAGGUUCAAAUAAAGGAACAAGUAAGCAAAAAAGAUGACCUACUUAGCUGUAAUGAGGGCAAGUAUUGCCCUGCAAAUAUGAAAAACUGUACAAGAAAACAUGAAAAUGCAGGGAAAGUGCAUUUAACAGCAAUCUCCUGUAAAGGCUGGAACCAAAAACACAGUUCUUCAAACAAAGAAGAAGAUAAAAGUUCUAUUUCUAUGAAGAAAAAUAAGCCCAGAAGACAAACCUGCUCAAGCAGAUUUCUCAGAAGUAACUUCUGUGGUAGAUUUUCUUCUAAUAGUAGCUUCAAUGGAGAAUCUCCUAAUUACCAAAAUGAAUGUAUAGAGAUCAGCAAAAUUGACACAAUGAUCGGGCAUAAGAGAAGAGAGCUGGAGUUGUCAUGUUCUGUACUAGCUAGUAUGGCAAGAGUACCUUCCAUGGGCUGUGAAACAGAGAUGACAACCUGCUGUCUGGUUUCCACUGCUGUAGUGGGAACUCUUUUUUUGAGAAGUUCUUCGCCUUUGGAAAACUUUGAGUCUUCAGAAAAGGGGCAUGUUGUUACAUAUGUCCAGGAAGGAGAAGAGAAAAAACAAACUUCUGGUGCAGCUGGCACAAGAGGAACAAGAAGGAAGGUUUCAGAUACUACACCUAGAAGAAGAUCUGCCCGGAAUGCUAAAACUGAAACCUCGAGUCAGUCUCAGAGUUCACCAAAAUCCAGCAAUUCCGGAUGUGAGGCCAGUGGGGAUGGUAGCUCAUUUAUGAAUGCUGCUUCUGCAGAAUCUGAGAAACUACCUCCAAAGCGGAAGGCUAAAAGAGGAGCUAAGCAGAAGGAACCUGUGGUUAAAAAGAAGCUCAGAAGUUCUGGACGUUAUGGAAAACCAUCUAGUGACCUAUUAGACGAUGAAUCUGAGACAGAGGUAACAACAGUACUAGAUAAAAGCAAUCUAUCCGACAGUGAAAAUACUGCCACUGAGCUGAGUCACAAAAAUGAUGUAGAAACAGAGUCUGCUAAUGGCUUGGAAAAUUCCAAGGACUGUGUGACAUGUCAGGAAGAUCCUACAGGAGAUGCUGGUGAAGGGCAGGCUACUUUAGACACUGGUUCCUGUGUUCAAGAUCCUCCUUUGCUCACCGUAGAGGGAGACACUGAAAAAUGUGAAGUAAAGGAAGACACUGAGUUUGAAAAUAAUGGAUGUCCUGCUGCUGAAGAAGUAGAUAAAAUUUAUAGUGCUUCUAGAGAAGAUGCCUGCAAUGAUACAGGAACACUUACUCAUGAGCCUCAGGAAUUAGGCAGUCCUAUGAAUGAAUUGCCGGAGAAAUUGGAACCCAUGGCAACAGCAGAUCAGCCUUUGGACAGUCCCGGGAAUGAAAUCCUGGAGAAAGUCGAAAGUGUGGCAAUAUCAGAUGAUAUGUUGGCUGAUCCUGAAAAUGAGUUGCUAGGUGCAACCGAAUCUGUGGCAAUAGAAGAUGAGCCAGCGCCUGAUUCUAGAAAUGAAUUCCUGGGAGACCUUGAACCUUUGUCUGUAGCAGAUGAGCCUGUGCCUAGUCCAAGAAAUGAAUUGUUUGGCGAGUCAGAAUCUGUAGCAAUAGUAGAUGAGAUGUUGGAGAGGCAUGAAAAGGAAAUGCCCGAGAAGACAUUAGCUCCUCAUUCUUCUGAGGAUAAAUCACCAGAAGAAAUGGGAUUUGAGGCAGUAGUCAAGGAGCCAUUGGAAAAUACCACAAGCACGUUACAGCAGCUUCCAGUGCCAUUGGAAAUGGAAGGUAUGAACACUGUCGAAAAAGAAGUUUGUGUACCCACAGAGAAUGAAAAAGAUAAUGAUUUAUUAAUUACAAUUUCUUCAGAGAAUACAUUCAAUCAGAUUUUAGAAGAGGCUAGAGAAGAUUCUAGAACCAGUUCAUCACCUAAGUUGGAAGACCUUAAACAUUUUAGCGAAGACAAUAAUGAGAUAGUAGCUAUGGAGUGUGACUCAUUUAGCAGUGAUCAGAAUGAAUCUCGGAUAGACCAGCCACUAAUGAGUGGUAGUGUAGAGCAAGAGGCAACCUCCUUUUCCCAUGAAACUGAAAACUCAGUAUCCCUUUCGAGCUCUUCUGACAAGAAGGAAGAAACAGAAUCCUCCGCAGAACUUAAAAAAGAUAAAAAGACUAGGACUAGAAGAUCAAGAUUUCAUUCUCCAUCAACAACUUGGUCACCAGCCAAAAGAGAGGGGAAAAGAUCUCAGUCUCCAUCUCCCAAGAGGGAGAUUGUGGCUGAAAGCAGGAUGUCUCGAUCUCCUAAAAGGGAUGUUUCCAAAGACGGGCGAAGAUCUCUAUCACAGUCUCCGAAACGAGAUCCUCCAAGAGAAGAGAAGAGAUCCCCAUCCUGUUCUCCUAAAAGAGAAACUCUGAAGGAAGGGAAAAGAUCUAUGUCCCAGUCUCCAAAGAGGGAUCUUACGAGAGAAGGGAAGAGGUCACCGUCGUCUUCUCCAAAAAGGGAUUCUCUCAGGGAAGGAAGGCGAUCUUCUCGGACACGAGCUAAGGAAUCCUCUCCAAGGCACAAAUGCCGAUCUCAAAGUAGGGAUAGAGAUAGUGAAAAAGAUGGGCAAAGACGAGAUCAUGAAAGAGAGAAGAGUAGGAGGAGAUGGUCACAAUCACGAUCAAGGUCUCGAUCUAGGUCAAGAUCAAGGACAAGAAGCAAAGGCCCUUCAUUCCCUAGAAAUGAGAGGGAUGGCUAUUCACCUCCCAGGUGGAAAGAACGGUGGACAAAUGAUAGCUGGAGAAGUCCCAGAGGAAAUGACAGAUAUAAAAGAAAUGAGCAAGAGAAGCAGACAGAGGGUAUGAAAAGAGAGAGGGACAGUUCAAGCAAAGAUGCCGACAAGCAAUCUUAUUCUGACCAGUAUAGGAAAGAUUAUCCAGACUGGGUUAUGGAAAGGAUAAAUUCUGUUCCCGAAACAAGGAACAGAGAGAGGGACAAUUUUAAAAAUCAACCUUGGGAUGAAAAUAGGCAAAAUGAUUCAGGGCCUCCAUGGAACAGAAGCUUUGGAUCAGGUUGGAAUUCAAAUCGCAGCAGAGGUGGCCGUGGCAGAGGUGGCCGUGGCAGAGGUGGCUUUACAUAUGGAGACCAGAGUGAAAACCGCUGGCAAACUAAGAAGCCACACUCGGGGAAUGCAAAUAGUUCCGGAAUUGAAAGUUCAAGGUUUCCAGAGCACCAACCAUACAAACGUAAGAUGGAGCAAGACUUCUCUUUCGAUACACCUGCUGAUAGGUCUGGGUGGACUUCUGCAUCAAGCUGGGCUGUGAGGAAGACUUUACCAGCAGACGUACAGAAUUAUUAUUCCAGAAGAGGAAGAAAUUCGUCAAGCCCACAAUCUGCGUGGACAAAGCCAGAAGAAGUAGCACCUGAGCAAGAUCCAAACUUCAAAGACCAAGCCAGCCAACAAGGCGAAAGUUCUCAACUACCCAUAAAUGUGCUGCAGCCACAGAUGAAUGUAAUGACACCCGUAAAUACGCAACAUCAGUCGAUGAAUAUCUUCCCAUAUCCAAUGAGUGUUCCUGGUCCUAUUGUGAACAUUCAGCACAAUCCAUUUAGCCUUCCUCCACCGGUGCCCAUGCAUCUUCAUACAGGAGUGCCUCUUGUGCAGGUAGCAGCUUCAGCCAAUGUGUCUCAGGGACCACCUCCACCACCACCACCUCCACCACCAUCCCAGCAAGUUAACUAUGUUGCUUCCCAACUGGAUGGAAAGCCAAUGCAGGCUAUUCCUAGUACUUCCCAUGUUGCCAACAACAUGAGUACAACCCUCUUGCCUGCUCCAACAGCAGCUGCUCUGGGAAGUGUGGAAACGGUUCAGGGACCAAGUUCUGGUAAUGCAACAUCGUCAAGUAACAUCAAAUCCUCUAAUGCUGCUGUAAAAUUGGCUGAAAGCAAAGUAAGUGUAACGGUGGAAGCCAGCGCAGAUAGCUCGAAGAAAGACCAGAAACUGCAAAUUCAAGAAAGAGCUGCGCAAGAAGUGAAGCUGGCUAUUAAGCCUUUCUAUCAAAAUAAAGAUAUUACUAAAGAAGAAUAUAAAGAAAUUGUGAGAAAAGCUGUAGAUAAAGUCUGUCAUAGCAAGAGUGGGGAAGUUAAUUCUGCAAAAGUGGCUAAUUUGGUAAAAGCUUAUGUGGACAAAUACAAACAUUCGCGGAAGAAAAAUCCAGACGAGGCAGUUUUUGCGGAAAGGAAAUGAGCGCAGGCUGGAAUAUGCCAUCGAAAUGUCUGUAAAGUGCAAUUUUGACAUGGACUAUUAACUAAAAAUAGUGGGUUGAAAUAUGAUUUUGAUAAAAUUAUUUUUCGAUAUAGUGUAUAAUGUUUUGUUAUAAAUAAAUAUAGAUCAAUGCUGCAACUUCUUUAUCCUUUUUGGAAAGGAUAUGUAAAGAGAAACUAAAAGGAAUAAAGGAGAGUGCCCCUCUUAUUAGUAAUAUACAAUUGUGUUGAAUGCCACAUGUACAGCAUUUUGGUUCAAACAGUAGUGUAUAAACACAGAUGUUUGUCAAAAUACAGUGACUUGGACAGAUAUGUACAAUAUAUGUAAAUCAGUCAGGGGAAAAAUUCAAGGCAGAUUUUUCUUUAAUCCUCCUGCCAAUGCCCCCCCCCUUUAGUUCCAAUGAAAUAAAGUGUUUUGCCUUGAUUUACAGGCUCAAAAUGUGUGUUUAAAAAGCACACUCUUUGUGAAUAGAACAACUCACAAAAAAAUCUACAGAAGUAAAAUUUGUUGCCCAGAAAUUUGGGCAUCAUUUUCCUAUUGUAACACCAAAUAAAGGCUAUGCUGCUUGUUGUUUUGUG